AUGGGAUGGGUGACCAAAAAUUUACUAUCUCGAGCUCCUCCGUGCUUCGGAAGGCACGUUAAGCCGUUGGUCCCGGCUGCAUCUGCAGUCGUUACCAAUCCGCACAGGGCUCGCGUGAGGGGUCAUGGCCAAAUCUCCCCCUAUUCCAUCCUAAGGAGGGCCUGUGCCCUAGCAGUGGUGUCAUUAAUAGGCUGUGUGUGUAUGCUGUUGUCGCAGAUGACCUUUACAGCGUCACCGGGUUUGGGGACAGCGAGAUUCCUAGGGGACCUCAAGCCGAGAAAUGGCGAGUGCCUCUAGAGGUGUCCAUUUCGUUUCGGUCAUCCCGUAAGAUGACGUUAAGUCUGACCUCAGUGAGUGUAAAUGCCGCAGACAAACUCACAGCUCUGGGGCAGGCAGCAUGCGUAUGCACGAACCUGUCUUAUAUAGCCGGUUGCGCGUGGCUUCGCGUAAGUGUCCGCGCCAUGCCUGCUAAAGUACAGUUGUCUGCGCUCGCGCUCGCCGCGAUCGUCGCGUGCGCAUUCGCAAGACCCGAUUUAUCCCAUGGUGUUAACAAAAACAAUUACGGAUUCACGAAAAAUGUACACGCAGUAAAAACUCCACAGAACACUGUACAACUACAAGCCUCAGUGGAUACAGCUUUGAAAUUACCCGGCGAAGCUAUAAUCGCUGACCAAUCGAGCACAGACGAAGGCACCUUUGGAAUAGAGUCAUUGAAAAAGAACGAUGCCGGAUACAUCACAUUUAAAGAUACCGACGCUGCUAAUGCAAUACCCGGGAACAAGGGUAAGGGCAACACAAGCCCAUUGUUUCUGGAUGUGUCGAAGCCUGUUAACGUCAGAUUCCCGCAUGCAGUACUAUUCGGAGGUACCUGCGGUGGAUCCAUUAUCAGCCCCAAGUGGGUCCUCACUGCUGGACACUGCACUUUGUUCACCGGAGGAAAGUACGUGCUAGCAGGCACCAACAACUCCGAUGACGGCAGCGGCGUCAAGAAGCGUGUGAAGCAACUCCACCUUCAUCCGCUUUUCACCGUAGGCCCCUACUGGGUCGACGCACAGAGGUUCAACAUCAAGCAGGUGGCAGCCACAUGGGACUUUCUGCUAGCAGAAUUGGAAGAGCCGCUGGAUCUGAAUGGUGUAUCUAUAGCGGCCAUCCCCUUGGAUGACGAGUUAAGAGUUGCACCAGAGACACUUGUCGGCUACGCUGGCUAUGGGACAGAUCACCACGGGGGAUACAUGAGAUCGGAGAUGCAUGCAAUGGAUUUGAAGGUAUUGCCUGAUGAAUCGUGCGCAAAGUUAAGGCAAUACAACGCUCGGGACAUGCUGUGUGCGAAAGGAUACGAGCCCAAUUUUAACUCCGCUUGCAAUGGCGACAGCGGUAGCGGAUUGGUAGGAAAUGGAAAACUGAUCGGCGUUGCGUCGUGGGUGGAGAACGACGCGUUGGAAUGCAAACCCGGCAACAUGGUAGUGUUCUCCAGGGUGGGAGCGGUGCGCGACUGGAUCCGGGAGGUCACCAACGUCUAG